AUGCUUUCAAACCGUUCGCUGUACAUUAUGCAUUCAAUGUACCUUGAUUGUCCUUCUUAAUCUUGUGGCGUCCGGCUUCGGGUGUCGUUGUGCCAACAUAUAUACGCCAGUCUCAGUUCCCCUUUUGCAAUCCCCGGCAUUCGCAACUCUAGUCUUUACACCAUGGGGAGCCGCCCAAACAGUUCACGGUCUUGGUUACCCAAUUUCUUCAAAACUUCCAAAAAGGACGACCCUGAUGCUCCCCCAAAUGAGCGGACCUCGCUACUCCCGUCGUCGCAGCCUGAGGAAUCGGUUACUGGAGAAUCUUAUGAGCUUGAAGAUGGAGAUGAAUCAAAAUCCCAGCUGAUUCUACAAGAGUUUUGGAUCCUUUUUAGGGGCUCGAUCCCGGUAGUCCUCGCGUACGCGCUUCAGAACUCGCUCCAGACGAUAUCUGUGUUGAUCGUUGGACGUCUUUCCCCAGAAGCCCUUGCCACGGCUGCCUUUUCCUACAUGUUCGCCAUGGCGACUGGAUGGCUCAUUGCUCUGGGAGGAACCACCGCUAUUGAUACUCUGGCAUCCGCGAGCUUCACAGGAAGCAAGAAUCGUCACGACCUAGGAAUUAUUCUCCAGCGCUCCUUCAUUGUUCUUGCGUUGUUCUACCUACCGGUUGCGAUCCUGUGGAUCUGCUCCGAGCCUCUCUUCAAAGCGCUUGGGCAAGAGGACUAUAUUGCGCGUGAUUCGGCCAAAUUCCUCUCUGUACUGGUUCCUGGUGGACUUGGCUAUAUCUACUUCGAAGCCAUGAAGAAAUAUCUCCAAGCCCAAGAAAUUAUGAGACCCGGAACCUAUGUGCUCCUGAUCACUUCCCCUCUCAGCGCCGGGCUGAACUACCUCUUCGUAUACACUUUCAAGCUUGGUCUGCUCGGUGCGCCUAUUGCUACAGGCAUUGCCUACUGGGUAUCCUUCCUGCUCCUUCUCGUAUACGCCCGCUUCGUUGACGGCUGGGAGUGCUGGGGAGGGUGGAGCCGUAAGUGCCUCCAGAACAUGUGGACAUUCGCUCGACUCGCCUUCCUUGGGGUCAUACAUGUGGGCACGGAAUGGUGGGCCUUCGAGAUUGUCGCUCUCGCAGCCGGUAAAUUGGGAACGAUACCGCUUGCGGCCCAGAGCGUAAUCAUGACAACGGAUCAAGUUAUGAACACAAUUCCUUUUGGUGUGGGUGUUGCCACGAGUGCUCGCGUCGGCAACCUCCUCGGGGCGCGCAAUGCGAAAGGCGCAGCCAGGGCAGCAAACACGGCUGCUAUUCUAAGCAUGCUUCUCGGCGGGGUCGUCCUAGCUAUUCUCAUGGGAGUCAAGGACUUCUACGCGAAGAUCUUCAAUGAUGACAUCCGGGUAAUCAGGCUCACAGCUGAGGUCAUGCCGUACGUGGCCUUGUUCCAGAUUGCGGACGGCCUCAACGGAAGUUGCGGUGGCUCGCUCAGAGGGAUGGGUAGACAACAUAUGGGAGCCAUUGUCAAUAUCGUCAGCUACUAUUGCGGAGCUUUGCCGCUUGGUAUCUGGCUAGCGUUCCACGGCUGGGGUCUGGCUGGUUUGUGGGUAGGACAGUGUAUUGCUCUUUACCUUGUUGGCUUCGCCGAGUGGGGCAUUGUGGCAUGGAGCAAUUGGGAGUAUCAGGUCAAGAAGGCGUUUGACAGGAUGGAUCCUGACGAGAGGGCUGAGAUAGGCGCCUCAGAUGGUGUCGCGCCGAACGGGGGCCCGGUAACGGCGAGACACGGCGAGCUAUGAUAGCCACAGCGUUUGAGGACAUUAGCAAUGGUUGUUAGAAAAUAGAGCUAAAUAGAUACCGAUAUGCAUACGAUGUU